CUCGUGAGCGCGCAUUGAACAUGAUUGAUCCGCUAAUAGGAUAGAAGAACAGAGGCGCACAACUCCAGCUUUAAAUCUACCCAGGGUUCCUCUUUCCUCCUUUCUUUCCUCUUCAACUCAAACGAGCUUGAUGUGAGCGAAGGGGGGACAAAUCCAAAAAAAUCACUUCCUUUCCCUUCUCUCACCCUCACAGAGCACCUCUCACCUUUACUUUCGGAUUCUGGCUUUAUCUCACGGCUUCACCUGGGCACAAACGACACCGAGGUUUUCUUCUACAACUUUAACGCACACCAGGGAAAAAAAUCACCGACAGGGACAACUUUUUUGUUUGUUUGGUUUUUUUCUGGCACAAAGACAAAAAGAAGCGUUAAAGUUACACAAUGAGUCUGAAGUCAGAUUCAGAGCCGAACACCAGUGUUUCAUUAGAGGAGGAGGUACGAACACUCUUUGUCAGUGGCCUGCCUGUCGACAUCAAGCCACGUGAGCUUUACCUGCUGUUCAGACCCUUCAAGGGAUAUGAAGGAUCUCUUAUAAAGCUGACCUCAAAACAGCCCGUGGGGUUUGUUACCUUUGACAGUCGGUCUGGGGCUGAAGCAGCCAAGAAUGCGUUGAAUGGAAUCCGCUUCGAUCCAGAGAGUCCUCAGACGCUGCGUCUGGAGUUUGCUAAAGCCAACACAAAGAUGGCGAAGAACAAACUGAUGGGUACACCAAACCCUUCCAACCUGCACCCAGCUCUAGGUGCGCAUUUCAUCGCUCGAGACCCAUAUGACCUGACAGGGGCAGCACUGAUCCCAGCAUCCCCUGAGGCAUGGGCUCCGUAUCCUCUGUACACCACUGAACUGACCCCAGGCCUGCCUCACACCGCCUUUACCUAUCCUGCUGCUGCUGCUGCGGCUGCCGCCCUGCACGCCCAGAUGCGCUGGUACCCAUCACCUUCUGAUAGUUCGCCACCAGGGUGGAAAUCGCGCCAGUUUUGUUAAGUUCAAUGCCAUUUAUUCAGUACCGGAUAUUUUGUUUUCUGCUCCUGUUUUGAAGUAAGGGGAACUGGGCUCAAUAUUUAAUUUAAUCAGGUUUAUUUAAUGGACGCAUGGAUUUCUUUUUGUGGAAGAUAUCUUCUCUAAAGCACUCUUAGAACAUGGUGAGAUGCCGAGGACUCUUGACAAUCCUCAUGGUACUGUCUCCAUUUCAAAACUUGCGCUUGACGAGCCAAUCACACGUCAAUGUUUCUAGCUACUCUGUCAGUUGGAUGUUUUGGGGGGAGGUGGGGUCGUCAUUCUGCAUGCAUUAACGCAUGAGUUUUAGAAUGCAAAAUGUCAUGUCCGUUCAGUUGCGUUCGUGUUGCCACAACUAGACGUCCCGUUUAACCUUAAAUGUUUUCAGAAUUUCUUGUUUUUGCAAUUUUGAUGACUGUCCAAUUUCUGUGUCUUAAAAACUGAUGAUAUGCACUGGUUAUUUGUUUCUGUGUGGUGUGUGUGAACUCUUGAGUGGAUUAGUUUGAGAUCUGCAAUCCAACUUCUAUCCUGUUCUCACCAAACUUCUCUGUGUCUGCUUGGAGAAUAUUUGAACAAAAAAGAAAAGAGAAUGUACAAGUGUUUUUGUACAUUUGUGUAAUGAAUAUUUAUGCAUUUUUGUGCAAUUUAAAUAAGUAUAUACUGUAUGUAUGAGCAGUUUAUAGUGAUCCCUUGUGUUAUUUUGGUGUUUUAUUUGUUAUUGGAUGCUGAUUCUGUCUAAUAACCUGUUUGAAGUAAAGUGCAAUUCUUGAUUUAUUUUCUUGAUGCUCUGUUACAUACUGAAGUUUCCAGACUGGGGCAGUACUGCAAGAUUAAACAGACUGCUAACAUGAGAUUGCUGUAUAAUAUUAAGAGAAAUGCUGAUUUUCAGAAUGUGAAACUGGAGAAUAAAAAGAAAUGAGGAUCUUG